AUGAUUUCUUCUCCACCUCUUACCCCCACACUACACAUUCCCGAUUCUGUUCACCCACCAAUUCCAGGGGAGAGCCACCGUUAUUACGGUAAUAUUCAUAAAAAUCAGGUAAAACUCCCCUCUAAUAUUCAAACUUCUCAACCUUCUCGAUCAGACAUUGAUGGUUCUGUGGAAAAUGAUCUGGAUAUUCAUGAAGCAACUGCCGCUGGAAAUAUGGCUAGAGUUAAGGAAUUAUUAGCUCCUCAUGGUUCCGGUGAAACUACCUCUUCCUUUUUACUUGCUAACGGUGCAAGCACAUCUUCUGGUUUAACCCCGCUACAUUAUGCUGCCUCUCGUGGUCACCUAGAAAUCGUAAAGUGGUUAAUUGCCGAUGCCGGUGCCAUAGUAGAUCUUGAAGACCAAACCGGUGAGACAGCUCUUCUGAAAGCAGCUUACAAUGGACGUGUCGAUGUUGUAGCUUGGCUUUUACGAAUGCAAGCUAAUAUUGAACAGAAAGACAACGAUGGAUGGACUGCUUUACAUAAUGCUUCUGCCCAAGGUCACUUGCAUAUUGUUAAACACUUACUAGAGAUUGCUCAUGCCGAUGUUGAUGUUAAAAGCAACAAAGGGCAUACCCCAUUAGUGAAUGCUGCAUCGAAGGGACAUCGUGAUAUUGUCGAAUAUCUCUUGGAUCGCGGUGGUGCAAACCCUCUUAUUAAGAAUAAGUUUGGUGAAACCGCAUAUGAUGCAGCCGCUAUCUCUCAGGAAGUAUAUAUUUGCGAAUUGUUGGAAAAAGCUGAACGUGAUUGGUGGAAGGGUAAAAAACCGCUACCACAAC